UACCGGCACAUGAGCGCGAGCUCGCUCUCUGCCGUCUCCGAAGUCCGAGCUCUCCGCCACCCAAACCAAAUCCUCGCCAAUGGCGCCACUCCUCUCCCAAACCCACACAGCCGCGCAAACCUUCUCGCCGAUCCCGCGCGGCAGCCGCCGCCUCGCGCCAGCGCCCCACGCCGUCGGCUUCCCGCGCCCGCCGCCGGCCAAGGCCGACCUCCUCCGCCUCAUCGCCGACCAGAGCCGCGGCCUCGAGACCCAGUCCGACCCGUCCCGCCUCGCGGACAUCGUCUCCUGCAUCGACGCCCUCGCCGCCUCCGCCCCAGGCGCCGACACCGUUUCGGACGCCGACAAGCUCUCCGGGACCUGGCGCCUCCUCUGGACGACCGAGCAGGAGCAGCUCUUCAUCGUGCGCAACGCCCCCACCUUCCGCACCGCCGCCGGCGACGUGCUCCAGGUCAUCGACGUUCCGGGUGGGAGCCUCAACAACGUCAUCACCUUCCCGCCCUCCGGUGCGUUCGUCGUGAACGGCACUAUCGAGAUCCAACCGCCCCAGCGAGUGAAUUUCAGGUUUACACGUGCUAUGCUGAAGGGGGGCAAUUGGGAGGUUCCUUUUCCGCCGUUUGGGAAAGGAUGGUUUGACACCGUCUAUUUGGAUGAUGAAAUCCGUGUGGCGAAGGACAUAAGAGGGGACUACUUAGUAGUUGAGCGAGCUCCAUAUUCUUGGAACGGAUAGUUUGCCAAAUUUAAGCGUUGAUCAGUGUCCACAUACUGUAUACUCUGUGACCGGAAGAUGUGCAGUAUCUUAUGCUUUUCCAGCAAAGUAUUUACCAUCUUACUAGCUAGGCCCUCCUUUUUACUAUGGAACUAGCUGAAUUCCUCAUGCAACUAUGCGGAUAGGUACUACAGUAGGUAUGUAUAUGUUUGAAAAUGGAGUUGUGGUUUCCUAUAGUUUGAAAUAGAGUUGUAAAUGUUAUGCAAUUUCGGCAACUUUAAAAAAUAUGAUCAAUAUGCCUUCAUGUA